AUGGUCUCUCUCUGGGGAAGCAACAAGAAGGACAACGACCACGCCCCUCGGGAGGAGGAUGAAGACAGUGCCACAGCUACCGCGUCCCAUCCUCAAGCGAGUGGACCUUCAGCAGAGGCCGAUGAACGAACACGGCUAUUGCCUCGUCGUGAUCGAGGCGUCAGCUUUCUCAGCCCCGAUGACCCUGCUGUGUCGCCUUACAAUCUCCUCACAGUGAGAGCCUUGCGAUGGCUCGAAGUCUUCUUCCUCGUGAUUACCUGCUUGUGGUGGACCCUGCUGUUCAUCUCCAUCUUCGUCAGUCCUCCGCAUUUCAAUUCGAGAGGUUCAGGCUUCUUCGAUGUGGCCUGGACGACCCUCACCAUCGCCAACAUUCUGACGGCCUUGCUCUUCUUUGCCACUCCGUCCACCGCCAUGAGCGUUCUGAGUAUGGGAGUCUCCGUCAUCCUGCUGAUCGACAUGAUCAUCAUCCUCGCGGUGCCGAGAAUCAGACUUGAAGAAGGCUGGAUCGGGAUCGCAUCAGUAAUAUGGGCCGCCUUGAUCGGCCUCUACAAUGUCAUAACGAACAGAACGGUCCAGUGGGGGAAAGCGGAAGAGGAAGUACGCCUUACUGGUCGCCAAGAGACGCGCCGCUCUCUCAGAGAAUGGUGUGCUGUCUUUACCGCGACCGUCCUGAUGGUCAUUUACGUGGUCGUUGUCAUCUUGCUUACGGCUGUCCUGGUAUUGCGCUCGAGGGACGCCACUCUGCCUGCUCCGGGCAAGCGAUAUUUGGUCGAUGGUGACAAAUACGCUGUUCACUUUGCUUGCGUCGGCAAUCAAACCUUGGACGCAGACGGCAAGCCAAAGCCCACUGUGCUGCUUGAGGGAGGAUAUAUGCCCGUGGAAGACAGCUUCGAGGGCUGGGUUUUCGAUGCAUGGAUGAAUGGCACCAUUGAUCGAUACUGCUACUGGGAUCGACCGGGGAUCGCGUGGUCCGACAAUGCGCCGUCUCCACACUCGGCUGGCAUGUCGACGGAUGCAAUCUCUGAGGCUCUGGCAAUUGCAGGUGAGGAAGGCCCGUGGAUUCUGGUCUCUGCUGGCAUUGGCAGCGUCUACAGCAGGGUCUUUUCUGCUAGGCAUCCUCGUGAUGUCAGGGGCAUGAUGUUCAUCGAUGGUCUACAUGAAGACUUGCUCUACAAAGUUGGCGCCCCUGGUCGUGGAUUCAUCUUGUGGGGACGCGGAAUCAUCUCUCCGCUCGGUCUCGAUCGCUUGGCGGGAGCUUUGUUCAAGGGCCGUACCAAGCAAGACCGAGUGUUCGGCAAAUCUUCCUACCAGGGUGGCAAGUUCAUCAAGAACAAGCUGCAAGAAAACCUGGUUGCCGACUCAUUGACCAAGAACGAGGUGGUCAGCGCUCGCAAUAUUCAAGAUCCCAGCGUCCCUCUUGUUGUAAUCACCUCUGGUGUCCAUUUGAAAAAGGACAAGGACUGGGAACGAAAGCAACAAGAUUUGACGAAAGUGACAGACAAGUUGGUCGCCUGGGACAUUGUGAAAGGAGCACCACCGGAGGAGGUAUGGAGGUCAGCUGAAGGACGAAAGAUUUUGGAAAAGCGCCUAGGGCAAUUGUACAAGGGUCCAUGA